CAAAGGAAAAAAAAAACUCAUCUUUUCUUCUUCCAGAAAAGGUCGUGCCCAAUUGCAAUUAUGAACAACACGAUUAUACAACUACUUUAAUCAUAUUUUUCAAACAUUACCAUUAAACAACUCAAAUUAUUCGUUUAAUUUCCAGACAUCAAUCAUAUGUUCAUAUCAUACAUUUAAUACAACUAUACCGCGUUUUAUACCAUUUUCUCUCUCCUCCCCAAUCGCUUUCUCUUCAACCUUCACUUCCUCCAUUAAUGGUGAAUGGUCCUCCAUUAAAGCUCCACUCCUCUUAAUCAACCCCCACUAACAUCCAACUUUCUCUCUCCUACAAAACCCUUUCACCAUUUUCAUGGGUUUUCACCAUCACCGCUCUUCUUCUACCGAUAAUGGCGUCCCUCAAAUUGUCAACAGUCCUCGCUUCUCGAGCUCCAUGACACGCCGAGCUCCUUCCUUCAAACGCGCUGCCAAUUCCGCCGCCGUCAACGACGCUGCUUCGACUAGCACCACCCCAACUGGCGGCGGAAAUUCUCUCUCUACUCACCAUGAAAUUGACCUAAUUUUGAACUCACCCAGAUCUGAUCCUGCUACUACGGCUCUUUCUCCUGAUGGGUUUGAUUCGUUUUGUGAAAAGAAACAAACCCAGAAUCAGAAUCAUUUUGGAUUGCUUCAUCAUAGAAUUAAGAAGCAUUCUUCUUCUGUUCUUGGAUCUGAUGCUGUUAAAGGGGUUGUUGAGCUUGGUUUUAGAGAGAGGAAGAAAUUAGGUCAAUGGAUGUUCUUUCUAUUUUGUGGGGUUUGUUUGCUUUUGGGUGUUUUUAGGAUUUUUGAACAUGGGUUAUUUGGAUCUUCCAUGAUUGAUUCAACUCAGUCUAAUCUUCAGGUUCAUUCUGGCUCCCAAUUCCUUCAUUACCAGGCAGAUCAAAACGUUCCUGAUUAUAGCUACAGAGAAGGAGAAGGUGUUAGACAGGAGAGCGGUGAUAUUGAACGGACUCUGAUGAUGGUGGCCUCUGGUGUAGUGAGUACUGAAAAAAGUGAGAGUAAAUGUGAUGACAUAUGGUCCAGACCAAGCAGCGGAAACUUCAGCCAGUGCAUUGAUCUGCCAAAGAAGCAUAAAAAGCUGGAUGAAAGGACAAAUGGUUACAUCCUCAUAAAUGCUAAUGGUGGCUUGAAUCAGAUGAGAUUUGGGAUCUGUGAUAUGGUUGCUGUUGCUAAGAUCAUGAAAGCCACUCUUGUUCUUCCUUCUCUCGAUCACACAUCUUACUGGGCUGAUGAAAGCGGGUUUAAAGAUUUAUUUGAUUGGCAGCACUUCAUGGAGACAUUAAAGGAUGAAAUCCAUAUAGUUGAAGCAUUACCAAAAGAAUUUGCCGAUAUUGAGCCUUUUACAAAAACACCCAUAUCUUGGUCUAAGGCUAGCUACUAUAAAUUAGAAGUCCUCCCACUUCUGAAGCAGCACAAAGUAAUGUACUUCACGCAUACUGAUUCCCGGAUUGCUAACAAUGGUCUCCCCAAUGGCAUACAAAAGCUAAGGUGUCGAGUUAAUUACAGGGCAUUAAAGUACUCAUCCCCCAUUGAAGAACUUGGGAAGACCUUAGUUGCAAGAAUGAGACAAAAUGGAGGCCCUUAUCUUGCUCUCCAUCUGAGGUAUGAGAAGGAUAUGCUUGCUUUUACCGGCUGCAGUCAUAAUUUGACUGCAGAAGAAGAUGAAGAGCUUCGAAAGAUGCGGUAUGAGGUCAGUCAUUGGAAGGAGAAGGAUAUUGAUGGAUCAGAGCGGAGGAGACUUGGUGGUUGCCCAAUGACCCCUAGAGAGACUGCCUUACUCCUGAAAGGAUUGGGUUUCCCAUCCACCACAAGAAUAUAUUUGGUUGCUGGUGAAGCUUUUGGAAAUGGAAGUAUGCAGUACCUCACAGAUGAGUAUCCUAAUAUUUUCUCACAUUCAACUCUUGCUACAGAAGAGGAGCUGGAACCUUUCAAGAACCAUCAAAACAUGCUGGCUGGUAUAGACUAUGUUGUUGCACUUGAAAGUGAUGUAUUUGUCUACACCUACGAUGGAAAUAUGGCGAAAGCAGUGCAAGGUCACAGGCGAUUUGAUGGGUUUAAGAAAACCAUAAACCCAGACAGGAUGAAUUUGGUGAAGGCUAUUGAUGAAUAUGAUGAAGAAAAGCUCACUUGGAAGAAGUUUAGUUCAAAAGUGCAAAAGAUGCAUAAAGACCGAUUAGGAGGUCCAUAUUAUAGGGAAUCUGGGGAGUUUCCGAAAUUGGAGGAAAGUUUCUACGCAAAUCCACUUCCGGGAUGUGUAUGUGAAUUGGCAAAGAAAUAGUGAUCUGACUAAGUGUUUGUUUGAGAUAAGUAAGCACUCGGAGAUGAAGAAUUCGAAGAUUGCUGGUGUCUGAACAUCAUUCUGGGGAAGUUGAUUCCUGAGAUUCUGAAACGCGGAAGACCCAACUUUGUGGAUGUGGAACUCACUUGAACAUGUUGCUGGGUACAACUCCUUCAGCUGGGUGCGGAAUGAAAACUCGUGAGCUUGUGCUGAUGGACGUAGGAAAUUGUGGAGCAGUUCGGAUUGAUUAUAGUCAUUUCAAAGGGCUUUAUGAAGAAGGGAAAUAUCAAAAAUGAUUUCCCUGUAAUCAAGAAUUUUGGGGUUUUUUGCCCCUCAGUGAUGACAUUUUUUUUUUCUUUCUCUUUUGUUUGAUACGAAAUAUAGUGUAGGUACUUUAUUAACACGAAGAAAUAAAGUCUAAAGUAAUUGUUUGUCACCCAGACUAAUGGAAUAUGGUGACUAUUCAAGCGAAUGACAAUGAGCCAAUAAAUUUGCUGCUUGAUUUUAUGUACACAAUUAA